GAUCGUAAUCUGUUUCAGGUGUGCAGCACUAUGGAGAGUUCAGGUGCUGAUGUAGCUGUGUCAGCCAUACCAUGGGUGCCUGUAAAUAUAGGGGGUUCUAAGCUUUUGGCCAAAGCCUGGUUUGGUGAUACAGAAUACCGAGUUCUGAUGAGUGACCUGAACAAUAUCUGGGAGGAAGAUAUGAACACAGAACGCAUCCAGAGUCGAGCAAAGGAUCUGAAUAAGCGUUUGAGGGCUCCAGUGCAGGUGUUCUUUGCACGUCUACACUCCUUAGCUUUGCCAUGUCUUUCUGGGCAGACCGAAUUCCAGAGCACAGCAGCGCACUUUACCCUCGAACAUCAAGCCUUCCACCUAAAUAUUAAACUCAAGAGUGAGCUUGAAGGGUUGCCUUUUUACUGGGAAUUUCACUGCACCCUUUCCUCAGUAGAAGUGAUGUCCAGAGAGCUGGUGCGUCCCCUUUUGUCUGUUACUCAAGUGCUUCAGAAGCAAGUUCGGGAACUUUGUGCUCUGCUACAGAGAAAAGAUGCUGAGCUACAAGACUACAAAGAUAAUGGAGCCAUACUCAGCAGAGGUAGGCUUCAGACUGAGCCAUUUGUUGAGGAGACAUUUUCUGAGAACUUCACACAGAGGCUUACUAAGUUGGAUAAGAUUCAGGACAAUCUGGAGUUUGACUCUGAGCUUCAGAAACUGUAUGUAGCAGUAAACACUACAAGAAACACACAGAAACGCAAAUGCACAGAUGAAGACAGCUCUGCUUCAGCAAACAGCACCAGCUGUGUUAAUAAACAAAACAAAGCUGACCAAGACCAUAACAGCAAUGUGUUAACAGGUACAAGGCCUGCAUCUCAGUCGUCCAAUCAAAAUGAUGUCCAACAGCUCUUAGAAGAAACAAAGAUUAUGAGCAGCAAAAAGAUUGUGCCACUCAUAACUGGCGCUGUUGCAGCAGCUGUACCUGCAGAGCGAUCAGCUGUGCGCUCCAAGAAGAAGAAGGCAGAAGGGCUCUUCCGAUGACAUUACAGUUUUUCAGAAUAGUAUAGUUUUUUUUCUCCUCACCAAACAGGUUUUCAGAAUUAGAAGAAUUUAAGGUAUAGUGAAAAGUAAAGCUAAUGGCUGAAACAUUCUUUUAAAAUCAUUCUUAUUGAUAAAUCAUUCAAGCCUGUUUACAGUUUAAUAGUAGAUAAAAGUUUGUAGUUUACAUGCCAUGUGUACUUAAAAACACAGUUUAAAUAAAAUUUAUAUAAUAUUCAGAAACAUUUUAAUUUCCCUUUUUUGAUUGCCAACUGUAACAUUAUCUGGACUUCUUUCUUAUUCUUUAUUACCUGGUUGUACAAAGAGAAUAAUAAAUUCCAGUUAUUGACAGAAGUUUGUAAUAAUAGUUCUCUGUCCCGUUGGCUGACUGACAGAAAUGUUUAAUAACAAAAUGUUACAAAAUAAUAAUAGUUUUAAUAAUAAAAUGUUUAAUAACAGUGCGGCCACAAUCAUGCAGUAAUCCAGUAAUUCCACAUUGUUGAUGAUUUUUAAACCUGUACAUUUUAAAAUAUAGAUGAAUAGCAGAGCUAUCUGAAAUCUUGUUGUGUGCAAUGUAUUUUAAAAAUAAACUGUAUAA